CUGCGCUGCGGGGGUAGGUUUGGUGGGAGCCUAGAGGGCUCAGUCCUGCUUUGGUCGUCGCCCUCGUUGCUGUGAACUCUCUGAGCCGCGGCAGCAGCAGCAAUCAUGGCGGCCUCCGCAUCCUUUUUCUCGUCCUUCUCGGGUCUUUUCUAUUGGGUCGGACUGCUGAGCGUGGGCUACUUCUUGUAUGUAGCGGUUUCGUAUCUCGUGUACGUCGUCCGCAUGUGGGUGCUGGGCAACCCCGGGGCCGUGGGCCCGCACCUGGGCGCCUGGGCAGUUAUCACGGGAGCUACAGAUGGAAUUGGAAAGGCGUAUACAGAAGAGUUAGCAAGGCGUGGAAUGAAGAUAGUUCUUAUCAGCAGAUCUCAAGAAAAACUGGAUCAGGUUGCUAGUGAAAUAAGGGAGAAGUUCAAGGUGGAAACAAAAACUAUUGCAGCUGACUUUGAAGAUCGAGAAACUAUUUACAGUAAUAUAAAAGCUGGCUUGGAAGGCCUUGAGAUUGGUAUCCUAGUAAACAACGUGGGUGUUUCAUAUUCUUAUCCUGAAUACUUCCUUGAGAUCCCAGAUUUAGAUAAAGCAAUUGACAGGCUGAUAAACAUUAAUGUCAUAUCUGUAUGCAAGAUGACACGAUUGGUGCUGCCUGGCAUGCUAGAAAGGUCAAAAGGAGUUAUAGUGAAUAUUUCAUCUCUUGCUGGGCUUCAGCCAUCUCCAUUCCUCACUCUUUAUUCAGCAACCAAGGCUUUUGUGAAUUUCUUUUCUCAUGGAAUCAAUAUGGAAUACAAACAUAAGGGUGUUAUUGUGCAGAGCAUUCUACCAUAUUUUGUGGUCACAAAAUUGUCUAAGCUUCGUAGAACAAGCACUUUUAGACCUAAACCUGAAUGGUUUGUAAAGUAUGCCCUUACUGCGGUUGUCCUUGAAGCCCAAACUGCUGGAUGCCCAACUCAUGAUUUUAUGGCCUGGCUUACCAAGAUUCUUCCCCAAUGGUACACUGCAAAGGUUGGGGUAGAGACAGCCUUAAAAGCAAGAGCUCACUACAUUAAAAAGUUGAAAGAAAACUAAGCUGCUUUAUCUUUAGGAGAACAAUUUUCUGUCUAAAUUCAAACAUCAAAUACAUUCUUCUGUCUUCAAGUGGGAUGGAUGGAGGAAAUGGACCAAAAGUCAGUAUGAACCAAGGGAAACCUUAGUGAAAGAUAUAGAAAAAACAAUGAACAACUUGUAAUUUUGCUUGUUCUUCUGUAUAAUUUAGAGUACAGUAUGUUAGGUGUAAUUUAAAAUUGGAAUUCCUGAUAACUAAUUUUACUGAAAUGUAUUUAAUCCCAGUAUGGAUUUUGUCAGUGUAAAGAAUUUGGUUAAAUCGAUGCAGAACAUGGUUGGGGAUUACAACACAACAUUGUCAGUAUUGGUCUAUAUAGUGGCUGAAAUCCUUUUGCAUAGUUAUAUCUAUGUAACUUGGAGUUGUGGAAGCAGUAACUAAAUUUGUGCCAGGGCACAAGUAAUAUCUAACAAGCAGGACUGCAGUUAGUUGCACUGUGAAAUGCAUGAUCAAGCACACAAUGCAGGUUGCUUGGGUGUAAUAGAAUAGAAUACCAAGUGCAAUAGAACUUCAGCCAUUAUUUUCUUAACUAAAAACCUAUUGUCACUUAAUUUUGCAUUGUAAAACAUUACAAAGCUUUCUUAUUUUAUAUGUUAGUCAUCAGAUAUUUAUCAGCUUAAACCUCUAUCGUGUUUGAAACUCAUAAUCAUCUGGCACUCAUGUGAAUGAAUGUCUACAUGAGUGGACCAUUUAGUGGCUUAGGGUGACAAGAGGAAGACAGUGAUCAGAAUCCAUUGAUGUCAAAUAAAGGUGAAUGCGGACAGGUUUCUUUCUAGUCAGUCAUCCUAGUACCCACUACCACAUGGUAUUUUGGAGUACUCUUUCAAGACUGCAAAUUUCAAACUACUGCAAUCUACAUUCCCUAAUAAAGAGGUUCAAUUUGAUGGCUACAUAGAUUUCAUACACUGAUAACAGGCUAUUGCUUUCUAUUACUAAUUAGAAUCUUCAUGGUAAAAUGCUGCCAAGGCAGGCUAUAUUAAAAUGUUGGAGUACAAAUACUAUAGUACUAGUAGUUAACAAUGCAAUUAUCCAUGUACGUCAUGAUUAUACUAUUAAAUACCUGAGGAUUGGAUGCAAAGAUGUACAAGAAGGCUCUCCUGCACCACUGCUCCUAAGGGACGGUAUGGUUUGAGAUGUGGUGCAGAAGACUGGUACAAAAAGAUUAAUCUGUAGAAAGGAGGGGAACAACUUGUGCAAGCAGGAAUAAGCUCUUGUGCAAGAACACUGUUGGCUCCAAGCCUAUUUUAAUACAUGAAAUUCCAUGUUUGAAAAUUCUUUAACACAGAGGCCCCCAACCCCUGGUCCGCGGCCCAGUGCCGGUCCAUGGCCUGAGCUGGACCGGGCCACAGAGACAGAUCUCCCCCGCACACCUGAUUUGCGCAUGCAUGCAUGCUCCAGCGCACCUGUCCGGGCACCACACCGCUGUUUGCACUUGCGCAUGGGGGGUGCCCCGCCUUCCCCAGCUGAUCCGCGGGGUGAAAAACCUUGGGGACAUACGUAUUAUUUAUAGAUUUAGUGAAAUAAACAGUUCCAUAGUUGAGACCAAAUUAAGAAAUUUUUUUUGUCUGUCUUUACAUUACAAAUCAAGAUUUUAUUUUGUGCAUCCCAUUGUUUCCACUGCUCAGGCAAAGCCAAAUGUGAGGGUUUUGUUCAAAUAAAAUGAGGAUGCUUCCAUUCUUUGUUGAAAACAAAUUAAUUUGUCAGCAGUUUAUGUAUGAAACAAUCACUCUUUAGUUAGGGCAUUUAUUGAUACUAGAAAUUUCAUAAUCUCAAUUCCUUAUACUUCCAUUGGAAGAAUAAUUUAUGGCUGGGAUUUGAAAGUAAAUGUGCACUUAAACGCUGUUGUACAUAGAAAAUAAAUGAAAACCGAUACAGUGGUGCUGAUCAGGAAUGAGAAAAAAGUUUUGUUCCAGAAUGUGUUUGGAUUUUUAGUUGAAAAUUACCAGAAAUCAGGUGCAUUUUAGGUUUAUAAGGCUAAAUGUUAUGACUGGAAGUAGGGAAGGGAUAUCUGAAAUUGCUGGCAUGUCUGUGAAACUGAGUGCUUUUUUUCUAACAUAUUCUGUAAAACAUUAAAUCAGAUUAUCUUUAUAUGUUUA